AUGAAGGUACAAACCGCGACCUUUGUCGCCUCUUCGGUGAGCGCAAUCACUUUAAUGGCAUGCCUCGUCGCCAUGUCUUCGAUCUAUUCCGACGUUUCCGGAUUCUGGGUUGAGCUUGAGUCCGAAGUCAAAGUUUUUCGCCUGACAACUGACGACAUGUGGCGCGAUAUUGUGACUUUGGGACAAACCAACAAGCGUAUCCGCAGACAGUAUGAAGAAACCAAGGGGACACCACCACAACCACACGGUGAUGGAAGCCCAUCUGCACCACCAGGCAACCCACCAGCCAUCCCGCCAGUUUUCAAGCAGCCGCCAACUCCAAACGGCGCCAAUGGAAACGGACCAACAUGCAACUGCAAUGCCGAUAACAAGUGCCCAGCUGGCCCACCAGGACCGAAAGGAGUUCCAGGAGUCAAGGGAGAAGACGGAAUCCCAGGACUUGAUGGAAUUCCGGGAGUCCCAGCUGAGGAUGUUUCUCCACAAAGAGAUUCGGUCGGAUGUUUCACCUGCCCACAAGGACCAGUUGGACCACCAGGAGCUUUGGGUCGCCCAGGACCACGUGGAUUGCCAGGACCAAAGGCCCAGAACGGAAAUCCAGGACGCGAUGGACAGCCAGGUCAUCCAGGAGAGCAAGGACCACCAGGACCAAUUGGAAAGAUUGGAGAGCCAGGAGCACCAGGAGAGAAGGGAAGGGAUGCCGAGCAUCCGAUCGGUCGCCCGGGACCAAAGGGACCACGCGGAGACCAGGGACCACCAGGACCUCCAGGACAGAAUGGUCUCAACGGACCACCAGGAGAGCCAGGACCAGUCGGGCCAGAGGGACCACAAGGACGCCAAGGACCACAAGGACCAGACGGUCUUCCAGGAGACCAAGGACCGGAUGGACGUCCAGGAAAGGAUGCCGAGUACUGUCAUUGUCCGGACCGCGCCCCACCAUCGGAGGGUGUUCAAGGAAACCGCGGAUACAGAAGCUUCUAA